AUGGCUCUAGCGUCCUCGCAGUCCCUCAAUGAGAUGGACCUGGGCGCGCAGCGGGAGCGCUGGGAGACGUUCAGGAAGCGGCGGGGCCUCAGCUGCGAGGGCGCCGCCAAGUUCCUGCUGGACACCUUCGAGUACCCAGGCCUGGUGUAUCACACCGGAGGCUGCCACUGCGGCGCGGUCCGCUUCGCCGUCUGGGCCCCCGCAGACCUGCGCGUGGUGGAUUGCAGCUGCAGGCUGUGCAGGAAGAAGCAGCACCGACACUUCCUCGUCCCGGCCUCGCGCUUCACUCUCCUGCUGGGCGCCGAGAGCAUCGUCACCUAUCGAUCCCACGCGCACCCGGCGCUGCACAGCUUCUGCAGCAGGUGCGGGGUGCAGAGUUUCCACGCCUCUGUCUCUGACCCCGGCGUGUAUGGCGUCACCCGGCGCUGCCUGGACAAGGGAACAUUUUCCUAG